AACGCAUCACUUUGUUCCGCACGAUUGGAGAGAGCUUUAUGUUUCUAAAUUGUUUAGAUUAGCUUGAACAUCAUACCUGCAGAGGUCGUAGAAAAUUGACUUUAAUAUUUUGGUCAGGUCGUCAGGCCUACCUACGCACUGAAUAAUAACAAAAUAUAACUCUCUCACAGACGUAUCAGACAGUGAUGGAAUCUGCCGUCAAUACAAGAUUAAGUUUCCAAGUUCCACUCUGUUUUCCUCUGAACAAAGGAUGUGUUUACUUGGGGGUUUUCUUCUUCAUGCUGGGACUUUUCACUUGUCAUUGGGUGGAGACCUCAGGUGUUAGUUUAGGCGUGUGGAGCUACUGCGAUAAUUCUUUAGACGGGUUUGCUGUAUUUUCGUGUCGCACUUUGGCGAUGUUGGGCGUCAGCAAUUGCCUGGCUUUCGCUCGACACACGAUGACUAACAUCACAGUGUACGGUAGGAAACAUGCCUGGGUGUCGCCAGUGUUGGAAGUUCUAUCAGCAUGCUUUGCUGGAGCCUGCCUCGUCAUCUUGGUCUGUUACGCCGCUAACGGAGCUGACAGUGGCGCCAUCUACCACUACGGCUACUCAUUUGGAUUGGCUGUCUUGGGUUGUUGCUGUUUGCUGAUUGGUGGAAUUCUAGAUGUAGUGUUUGCCUUAGUGUAUCAAAAGCCUUAGAUUACUCACGAACACAAGAUGAAAUUGAUGAGAAUCUAUCCCCGCUAGCUAAUCGUGUUUUAUUACUCACUUUAAGGAGUCACAUCGCUUGUUAGCCGCCACGUUUUGUAAUUCAAUAUUAGUAUUAAUAUUAGGAAUUUAUUUCAAACUUAACACAUGCAUGCAUCUGAUAAUGUACUAAAAUCCAAGUUUCUGCAUAUUAAGUUAACCGUUGAAAGUUAGUUGUGAUGGGGGUUAUAUAUAACUUCUACAUCUAUAUUCUGAUCUGGUCUACUACUAUUUAUACGGCAUACUUGUGAGGAGGGCGGGAAUCAGUCUUACGACCCGCAGACACUUAUUAAUAAUGUCAACAACUCCGUUUAUGAAAAUAACACCAACUUUAUUUACACACUUAUAGAUCAUUUGCACAACAUAAUAAAAUACGUCCGUCUUCUAGUUUAUCUAACCCCCAACUAAUUUCACUGCUGCGGUCUACGUCAUCGGUACAUUAUCGCGUCAUGCUCACGUCACACUCACGCCACAAAUAUUUUAUUGAACACGCGCACAACACUCUCGCACCAAAUUGUCUACCGUCAAGUUCGCAUCGUCCUUCGUAACCUCUACCAGUCCAGUCCAAUUCUAUAUACGAAGUGACUACUCGGAAGAAGAUUUUUCUCCCCAACGUCUCCACUUAGUCGGCAAAAGAUAGCUCUGCGCAUGCGCAGUGACCUAUGGCUAGGGUUAGGGCUAGAAUGAGGGUUAGGGGUAGGAUUAGGGUUAGGGUUAGGGAUAGGGUUAGGGAUAGGAUUAGGGUUGGUGCUAGGGUUCUGCGGUUGUAAACACACGCAUGCGCAGUACCAUCGAAAACAUCGCCGCGAAGGCAAGUCGUAGUUUCUCUCCAUUGCGCAUGCGUAUCUUAUUCCGGCUAGCAUCGGCCUUCUAUAUAUCUACGUGGAUAUCUGAAAAGGAAACCCCAGUGUCAGAAAUUGGUUGAAAUUGAGCCAGGAGACAGUCCACAUGUGACGUCACAUCUUGACGACGAAAAAGUUUAA